AUGAGGGUGGCAGUGGGCACACUCUGGCUCCUGUCUCUCUGGGGGGCCCACGUGGCCCCAGGUUUCUGUCCCUCUCAGUGCAGCUGCAGCCUCCACAUCCUGGGUGAUGGCAGCAAGAGCAGGUUGGUUCUGUGCAAUGACCCUGACAUGACCCUGCCCCCAGCAUCUGUCCCUCCUGACACUUCCAGACUGCGCCUGGAGCGGACAGCCAUCCGCAGGGUGCCCGGGGAGGCCUUCAGGCCUCUGGGCCGCCUGGAGCAGCUGUGGCUGCCCUACAACGCCCUCAACGAACUCAGCGGCCUCAUGCUGCGAGGACUGAGGCAUCUGCGGGAGCUGCGCCUGCCUGGGAACCAGCUGGUCACAUUCCCCUGGGCGGCGCUCAAGGACACCCCACAACUGAGGCUGUUGGAUCUGCAGGCCAACCGCCUGGUAGCUGUGCCUCCAGAUGCUGCGCGCUUCUUAGGAAAUCUCACCUUCCUGGACCUCUCCAGCAACCAGCUUCUGAGGCUCCCCCAAGAGCUGCUUGCCACCUGGACGCAUCUGCAGACAGGACCUUUUCUUCUUGGCCGCCGAGCCAGGCUGGUCCUAGGGCUACAGGACAAUCCUUGGUUGUGUGAUUGCCAACUCUAUGACCUGGUCCAUUUCCUGGGAAUCUGGAGCCCAAACCUGACCUUCAUUGAGAAGAGGCUGAGGUGUGCCAGUCCAUACAGCUUGGCUGGAGUGGCCUUCAACCAACUGGAACUGAGGAAGUGCCAGAGCCCAGAGUUUCAUCCAGGGUUGGCCAACCUCAAGUCCCCUUUGGGUAGCACAGUAUUGCUGCGUUGUGGGGCCACAGGGGUUCCUGGACCUGAGAUGAGCUUGAGGAGGGCCAAUGGUCACCCACUCAAUGGAUCAGUGAUCCAGGAAGUCUCCAGAGAUGGCACCAGUUGGAUACUGUUGGAUCUACCUGCUGUGUCCCAGAUGGAUUCUGGUGACUAUAUCUGCCAGGCCAAGAACUUCCUGGGAACCUCUGAGAUACUUAUUUCUCUGGUUAUCACUGAGCCCCAGACAUCCACAGAAUAUAGUGAGGGCCCACAGACUCUCUGGGCAAAGACAGGUGAUGGGGAGAAUAUAGCUGCUUACAAUAAGCUGGAGGCCUGGCAUGUCCCCCAUCUACCUGAUUCUCCUGUCCUCAACUUUGGAUCAUCUGUGCCCCACAGGAAGGAAGCACUGUCCUUGCAGCCUUUUCAUAUGGAUGCUCCAAGGGAGCACUUGAAUGGACAGAUGAGAUCCCAGGAGGCCCAGGUGAGGUCUCUCAAGGUGGUGGGGGACACUUAUCAGAGUGUGACCUUGGUAUGGAGGUACUCCCAGGGAGGAAACACAACUGCCUUCAGUGUCCUCUACACAGUCUAUGGACAGCGUGACAUGCAGCAGAUAGUUGUGCAGCCUGGAAAGACCAGCAUCACUAUCCACGGACUGUCACCCAAGACUAAGUAUGUGGCUUGCAUUUGUGUGCAGGGCUUAGUGCCCCAAAAGGAACAGUGUGUCAUAUUCUCCACAGAUGAGGUGGUGGAUGCUGAAGCCACCCAGUGGCUCAUCAACAUGGUGGUGAUCAGUGUGGCCACUGUCAUCGCACUGCCACCAACACUGCUUGUCUGCUACGGUGCUGUGCAGAGACGUUGUCGCAAGUGUCAUCAUGCCAGGGAUGCCAUAGAAGUCAUGGGCACUUACCUCAACCUGGAGACACUAGAUCACAGUGAGAAUGGUUCCCGAGGAUUCUCUCAGCACAGUGGCAGUGAAGCAGACAGGCUCCUCUCAACCCCUUCCAGCCUGGACUCCCAGGCCUUGGGAGUCCAGGGGGGCAAAUGGAUGAAUGAAUACUUCUGCUGA